UAUGAGUGUAUGACAUAACAGCUGAUAGAUAAAAACAAAUGCCGAACUAGUUUCACACGAUAGGCGUGAAAAUUGUUAUUUUAUUUCCAAAAAUGUGUUAAAUGAUUCCGGUUCACCACCACGGUUUUUAAGAGUAAGUCUAAACAGAAAAAUGAUGCAAUCAUUCUGCCGGAUACAACCUCGUCUGUGCGUUCAAAGUUUUCUCAGGCCACCGAAGAUAUCACCGGUGUUUCUCCGAUCUAGUGGCAAUAAAAAUCCGUCAGAUGCAUCAAGGAGGCACAAAAUACGAACCACAAUAUACUAUGUGGCAGCGGCGGGAGUCAUGACUGUUGGCAUGAGUUAUGCCGCGGUGCCCCUGUAUCGGAUGUUUUGUCAGGCCUAUAGUUAUGGUGGAACAACUGGCCAGGGACAUGCAGGUGAGAAAGUCGAAAGCAUGACACGAGUGCAAGAUCGAGUGAUCAAGAUUACAUUCAACGCUGACAUUGGUGCUUCGAUGCGGUGGAAUUUCCGGCCACAACAGCCGGAAAUCAAGGUUGUUCCUGGAGAAACAGCACUUGCUUUCUACACCGCCAAAAAUCCUACGGACCGUCCGGUAAUAGGAAUUAGUACAUAUAAUGUGAUUCCUUUCGAAGCAGGAGCGUAUUUCAACAAAAUUCAAUGCUUUUGUUUUGAAGAGCAGCAACUGAAUCCGCACGAGGAGGUUGACAUGCCUGUAUUUUUCUAUAUUGAUCCAGAAAUUAUGGAUGAUCCCAGGAUGGAACUACUCGACUCUAUAACGUUAUCAUACACUUUCUUCGAAGCAAAAGAAGGCCUUAGUUUCCAAAUGCCAUCAUACGCAAAAAAGCAUGGUACUUAAUAAAUGUUUAGGUAUUUUCCGUUAGGAAAA